AUGGAACGACCAGAAAACGACAGUGUUUAUGUUUAUAACAACAAUAAGAAACAGAAAAUACAAAAUGAAUUAAUAAUAAACAAAUCUUGUUUUGAAAAUUUAGCAAAUGAAACUAUUUAUGAAAUAUUUCAAUAUCUUGAUGUUUAUCAUAUUUAUGAAGGAUUUUUUUAUCUUAAUCAACGAUUUAAAAGUUUAGUUAUUAAUAGAAAUCUUCUAAUUCAAAUAAAUAUUACAACAAUGUCAAAAUUAAAUUUUAAUCUUUAUCAUAAAAAUAUGAUUAAACCAAAUAAAUAUCGAAUUAAUUAUUUUCGUUUAUCAAAUCCAUUUACUGUUGAUAUUAUUUUCUCACCACCACGCAUUAUUUGUGAUUAUAUUCAACUUGAAACAUUAAUUUUUGAUAAUAUUGAUUCAAAAUAUCUUAAUAACAUUCUCAAACAUUUAGUUUAUUUACCAAAAUUGCAUUCAUUAGUUUUUAGUCUUGUUGAUUAUGUUCAAGAUCCAAAUAUUCUUUUUCAUCAUAUAUUUCGUUUAUCAAAAUUAAAAUAUUGUAAAAUAAUAUAUCAAACAAAAUAUGAUCAACAACCAAUAGCGAUUUAUUUGACUGAAUUUACACUUAGUCCUAUCGAAUAUCUUGUAAUCAAUAAUCGUUUUUCAAUUGAUUCACUUUCUGAUAUAUUUCUUUGUCUUCCGAAACUUCGUUAUUUAUCAAUUGAUUGUCUUGUUGGAUCUACUGAUUUAGAUAUUGAUCAAGAUCCUAUUGCAUUAGAAUAUUUAAAAUAUGUUUCUAUUAAAGUUGAUCAUAUACAUUUCAAUCUAUUCGAGAAGUUAAUCAAAUAUUUUUUUCGUUGUGUUGAAGUUCUACGUCUUACAACACAUGAUUCAACGUAUUUGGUUCCAAACCGAUGGGAAGAAUUAAUCUUAUCUUCAAUGCCGAAUUUACGUAUUUUUGAUAUAUAUCAUAGUAGUAUUAUACAAAAUAAUGACUUAAUAUAUCUUCUUUUAAUUUAUCAAUUUGAUUCUUCAUUUUGGACUCAACGACAAUGGUUUUUUACACAUCGACAUAAUCGAGAAAAAAAAUUAGAUAGUGUAAUAAUUCAUUCAAUAAAUCCAUAUAGAAGAAAAGAUUAUAAAUUUUAUUCGGAAUUCUAUUCACGAUUUUAUUCACGUAAUCAAGAAAAUAAUUUCAAUUCAGUUAAACAUGUUCAUAUAUGUAGUAAAUAUGUAUCGAAUAACAAUGUCAUUUAUUUUCCAAAUGCUAAUGAAUUAACAAUUGAACAUUAUUUUAAAAUAUUUGAUUAA